AGCGGUCUGUGCGUGCUUUUUCUCCGGUUUGUUCUGUCGUUUCCUCGUUGUGUUCCGUGGUGGCCGUGAAGCCAUGGCGCUCCACGUUCCCAAGGCUCCGGGCUUCGCCCAGAUGCUGAAAGAAGGAGCUAAACAUUAUUCAGGAUUAGAGGAAGCUGUGUAUAGGAAUAUUCAAGCAUGUAAAGAGCUUGCCCAGACUACUCGUACAGCAUAUGGACCAAAUGGAAUGAACAAAAUGGUUAUCAAUCAUCUGGAGAAGCUGUUUGUGACGAAUGAUGCAGCUACAAUUUUAAGAGAGCUAGAAGUACAGCAUCCUGCUGCAAAGAUGAUUGUGAUGGCUUCUCACAUGCAAGAACAGGAGGUUGGGGAUGGCACAAAUUUUGUCCUGGUGUUUGCUGGAGCCCUUCUAGAAUUAGCGGAAGAGCUCCUGAGGAUUGGCCUAUCGGUUUCAGAGGUCAUAGAAGGCUAUGAAAUAGCUUGCAGGAAAGCCCAUGAAAUUCUUCCUGAUUUGGUAUGUUGCUCUGCAAAGAAUCUUAGAGACACCGACGAAGUAGCAGCUCUCCUUCAGACCUCCAUUAUGAGCAAGCAGUACGGCAACGAGGUCUUCUUAGCGAAGCUUAUUUCCCAGGCGUGCGUAUCUAUUUUUCCUGAUUCUGGUCACUUCAAUGUUGAUAAUAUCAGAGUGUGUAAAAUUCUGGGCUCUGGCAUCCACUCCUCUUCAGUACUGCAUGGGAUGGUUUUUAAGAAAGAGACCGAAGGGGACGUCACUUCAAUCAAAGAUGCUAAAAUAGCCGUGUAUUCUUGUCCUUUCGAUGGCAUGAUAACAGAAACUAAGGGCACCGUGCUGAUCAAGACCGCAGAAGAGCUCAUGAACUUCAGCAAAGGAGAAGAAAACCUGAUGGAUUCACAAGUUAAAGCGAUUGCCGAUUCCGGCGCAAACGUGAUCGUGACGGGGGGCAAGGUGGCGGACAUGGCUCUUCAUUAUGCCAACAAAUACAACAUCAUGUUGGUCAGGUUGAAUUCAAAAUGGGAUCUCCGAAGACUAUGUAAAACUGUUGGUGCUAUCGCUCUUCCUAGACUGACGCCCCCUGUACUUGAAGAAAUGGGCCACUGUGACAGUGUUUAUUUAUCAGAAGUUGGAGACACACAAGUGGUUGUUUUUAAGCAUGAAAAGGAAGAUGGUGCCAUUUCCACUAUAGUACUUCGAGGUUCGACAGAUAAUCUAAUGGACGACAUAGAAAGGGCAGUAGAUGAUGGUGUGAAUACUUUCAAAGUUCUCACAAGGGAUAAGCGUCUUGUGCCCGGAGGCGGAGCGACAGAAAUUGAAUUGGCUAAGCAGAUCACGUCGUAUGGAGAGACGUGUCCUGGACUCGAGCAGUAUGCUAUUAAGAAGUUUGCAGAAGCAUUUGAAGCUAUUCCUCGGGCACUGGCAGAAAAUUCUGGAGUUAAGGCUAACGAAGUGAUCUCUAAACUUUAUGCAGUACAUCAAGAAGGAAACAAAAACGUUGGAUUAGAUAUUGAGGCUGAGACUGCUGCAGUAAAGGAUAUGUUGGAAGCUGGCAUUCUCGAUACUUACCUCGGGAAAUAUUGGGCCAUCAAGCUGGCUACUAAUGCUGCGGUAACCGUACUCCGAGUUGAUCAGAUAAUCAUGGCAAGGCCAGCUGGUGGGCCAAAACCUCCAACAGGAAAAAAGGAUUGGGAUGAAGAUCAAAAUGACUGAAUGGGUUAACUGAACACGUCGAGUUAAAAAAUCCUGUUUGUAUUCCCAAACGAUUAAAUAAAUAUCAAAUUUUUAUGGUCA